CUUUAACUCAGCAUCUGCGAGGUAUCGUAACCUUGACAGGACCUUCUCUCGGUCCUCCGGGGCUCCUGGAUAAGCUUCUGCAGCCAAGUCGGGCGUCGGAUGGUGGUGACCAGGGCCAACUCCGAGAAUCGCGCGGGAUUUUAGCGCGCCAAGCCUGAGCUCAUCAGCGCUGCUGCGUCGCAAAACCAUCAACUUCCCUCGCUCCGGUCUACUAAUCCAUCCCAUCCAUCACUUCUUCAUUUCCUCGCUUUUCCAGCCAGCUUCAUCAUAAUGUUCGCUGCUCGUCAGGUCUUCGGCGCCGCCCAGAGGAGGGCUUUCUCCGUCUCUGCCAGGCAGAACUCCAAGGUCACCGUCCUUGGUGCCGCUGGUGGCAUUGGCCAGCCUCUGUCGCUGCUGCUCAAGCUCAACCCCCGCGUUUCCGAGCUUGCCCUCUACGACAUCCGCGGCGGUCCCGGUGUUGCUGCUGACGUCUCCCACGUCAACACCAAGAGCACCGUCAAGGGCUAUGACCCUACCCCCUCUGGCCUGAGGGACUGCCUUGAGGGCUCUGAGAUUGUUCUCAUCCCCGCUGGUGUUCCCCGCAAGCCCGGCAUGACCCGUGAUGACCUGUUCAACACCAACGCCUCCAUCGUCCGUGACCUUGCCAAGGCCACCGCCGACGCUGCGCCCAACGCCAACAUCCUGAUCAUCUCCAACCCCGUCAACUCGACCGUCCCCAUCACCGCCGAGGUCUUCAAGUCCAAGGGUGUCUACAACCCCCGCCGUCUGUUCGGUGUCACCACCCUCGACGUUGUCCGUGCCUCCCGCUUCAUCUCCCAGCUGAAGGGCUCCGACCCGGCCAACGAGAACAUCACCGUCAUCGGUGGUCACUCUGGCGCUACCAUUGUUCCCCUCCUCUCCCAGGCCGGCCACAAGCUCGAGGGCGAGGAGCUCAAGGAGUAUGUCCGCCGCGUCCAGUUCGGUGGUGACGAGGUCGUCCAGGCCAAGGGCGGUGCUGGCUCCGCCACCCUCUCCAUGGCCAUGGCCGGUGCUCGCUUCGCCGAGUCGCUGCUCAAGGCCGCCCAGGGCGAGAAGGGCGUCAUCGAGCCCACCUUCGUCGACUCUCCUCUGUACAAGGACCAGGGCUGCGACUUCUUCGCCUCCAACGUCGAGCUCGGCCCCAACGGUGUUGAGAAGAUCCACCCCAUCGGCAACGUUACCGACUACGAGCAGGGUCUCAUCGACGUCUGCGUCCAGGACCUGGCCAAGAACAUCCAGAAGGGUGUCAAGUUCGCCAAGGAGAACCCUUAAGCGUGUCAUGACCUAGCAGACAUGGGUUCAGUGUGAUGUGAUACGGAAAAGCUGUGAAGGCUGGAUUGGUUAGAAAAGACUUAAAACCUAUCUAUGAAAGUGGAAAAGAGGGCGUGUGCUGCGCGAGUAUUUCAAACUGUUGAUGUUUGCCGCUGUGCCGUUUCUCUUUUUCUCUUUGUUUCUCGGAAAUACCAAAGAUUUCUUGCUCUGUAGAUUCCAGUCCCUGCGCCGUCCAUACUGUGUAUCCAGUCAGUUGAUUUUGGUCUUGGCUUGGUUGUGCGGGUUCCUGCUUGUGUGACAUGGCCGGCGUGCCGCGUGGACUCGACCACAGGUGCUGACACAUAGUUAACCUAAAGUUACGGCGCGGCAUGUCUGGCUGGCUGGCUAUAACCAAAACGCCAGGUUAAGUAUAACAGCAGCUAGAUGGUCGAGCUGCAAUUGCUCACUCUAGUCUAGUC